AUGUCUCACGGCAAAUCUCCGAUCCUCCCGCGCCCUCAGAUCCUACUUCAACGCCGUUAUGUGCAGACGGGCGGCCAAUUCAAACCGCUGCGCCCGCCGUCGCCUUCCUCGCUCGGCGCUCCGAGGCCACCGCGCGAUUUCAAGCACACCCGAAAAUGGCUCCGGCGCAUUCUGAUCCUGACCGGUAUCGCCGGUGGGUUCUACUUUGUAGAUCGGCAAGCCUGCGCUUUCGGGAUCAGCCGCUCCCUGCGCACCUUCGGUAACGGUCUCUUUGUGGCGUUCGACUACAAGCUCAACUUCCGCGCCGAACCGUUAACGGGCGGUACCGUGGGCGAUCUGCACCGGCGGAGUGCGGAGAGGUUUUUCAAGGUGCUGCACGAAAAUGGGGGACUGUAUCUCAAGAUCGGACAAGCUAUCGCCAUGCAGAGCGCAGUUCUACCGCCCGAGUUUCAGAAGAUGUUUGCCAGGAUGUUUGACGAUGCGCCCCAGGACGAGUGGAAAGAUAUCGAGAAGGUCAUACGCAAGGACUAUGGCAAGAGCGCCGAGGAAGUGUUUGGUGUCAGCUUCACAGGUGAGGAGGGCAAGGGGCUUAUGGAAAGAACGGCUCGAGCUUCUGCCUCUGUUGCGCAGGUACAUUGGGCGAGGCUGCCGGACGGCCGAGAGGUUGCCAUCAAGAUCCAGAAGCCUGAGAUUGCGAAGCAGGUUGGCUGGGAUCUUUGGGCUUUCAAGGCCGUCAUGAGAGUUUACACAUGGUGGUUCGAUCUACCACUGUACAGUAUUGUACCAUUUAUCACCGAGCGACUCCUUCUCGAAACCGACUUUGAGUGUGAAGCGCAAAAUUCCAAGACGAUGCGAAAGCUGGUCGAGUCGGAGCCAACCUUGAAAGGUCGAGUUUACAUCCCAACAGUAUACCCCGAGUUCACAACAAAACGCAUAUUGGUAACGGAAUGGAUCGAAGGCGUACGGCUUUGGGACAAAGACGCAAUGACAAAACGUUGGAUCGGGGGUCAUGGUAGAGGUUCAGUUGGAAUCCACGGCGAAAAGCUCCCUUCGCCCGAUAUGAAUUUCGUCAGACAGCAACUGCGCCAGAACCCGAAGUUGGACAAGCUGAAGCCGGAGCGCGAGACGUGGAAAGGAGCGAAUGGCAAAGCCGGUCUUGGCUUAAGCCGUAAAGACGUCAUGACCACGAUAGUUGACCUCUUCUCAGCCCAAAUCUUCAAAUGGGGAGUCGUACAUUGUGAUCCCCACCCAGGCAACAUCUUCAUCCGACGCCUACCAUCAGGAAAGCCCGAAGUAGUCCUCAUCGACCACGGGCUCUACGUCUACAUGUCGUCCAAAUUCCGCCACCAGUAUAGUCUUUUUUGGAAAUCCCUCAUGACCUUCGACAACGAGACCAUCUCAGAAAUUACGGCCGACUGGGGCAUCAAAGCCCCCGACCUGUUCGCGAGCGCGACCCUAAUGCGGCCCUACGAAGGAGGCGACGGCCAGACCAGAAAGGAGUUUCUGCGAGAGAUGCAGGGCAAGACGCCCGCGGAGCGACACUUCGAAUCCCAGGAGCGCAUGAAGCAGGGCCUCCGCGACGUCCUAGCCGACGAAGAUAAGUGGCCCAAGGAACUCAUCUUCAUCGGGCGCAAUAUGCGCAUCGUGCAGGGAAACAACCAGUUCAUGGGGUCACCUGUCAAUCGGCUCAAGCUCAUGGGUACGUGGGCGAGUCGCAGCUUGUUCCAGGACCCUGGAUUGCCGUGGAAGGAGAGGCUGGUUUAUGCUUGGAGGCAUUUGUUGUUUAAGGGCGUGUUAUUCGUGACGGACGUGGCGUUUUAUACAUUUAAGGUUAGACAGUGGCUCGGUUGGGGAGGCGGUAUGGAGGAUGAGGUUGAGUUGAGGAUGAAGGAGGUGGCGAAGGAUUAUGGGGUGGAGUUGCAGCAUGACGUGUUUGAUGGAUAG